AUGGCUGAAAUCGUGCUCUCUGCUUUCCUGACAGUGGUCUUUGAAAAGCUGGCCUCUGAAGCCUUGAAGAAGAUUGCUGGCUCCAAGGGAGUUGGUUCCAAACUGAAGAAAUUGGAGAGGUCAUUAAUUCAGAUCAAAGCUCUUCUUAAUGAUGCUUCUCAGAAGGAGAUUACUGAUGAAGCUGUUAAAGUAUGGCUGAAUGGCCUCCAACAUUUGGCUUACGACAUAGACGACUUACUUGAUGAUUUGGCAACCGAAGCUAUGCAUCGUGAGUUGGCUGAUGAAUCUGGAGCCACCACUAGCAAGGUAAGAAAGCUAGUCCCAACCUGUUGCACAAAUUUCUCACGUACAAGUAAAAAGAUGGAACGCAAGUUAGAUGAUAUUACCACCAAGUUACAAGAACUAGUGGAGGAGAAAAAUAAUCUUGGUUUAGGUGUGAUAACAAAUGAAAAGCCAAAAAUUGAAAGAUAUGAGGCAUCUUUGGUAGAUACAAGUGGUAUUGUUGGACGUGAAAGUGAAAAAAAUAAGUUGCUUAAGAAGCUUUUGGGGGGUAGAGAUGAAUUUACUAGUCAAAGUUUCAGCGUCUUGCCCAUAGUUGGUAUGGGUGGGGUAGGCAAAACAACUUUAGCUAGAAUGUUGUAUGAUGAAAAGGAGGUGAAGGAUCACUUCAAACUUAGGGCUUGGGUUUGUGUUUCUGAUGAGUUUAAUAUCUUCAAUAUAAGCAAAGUUAUUUAUCAAUCUGUGACUGGGGAAAAGAAGGAGUUUGAAGACUUAAAUCUACUACAAGAAGCUCUUAAAAAAGAAUUUACGAACCAGCUAUUUCUAAUAGUUUUGGAUGAUGUGUGGUCUGAAAGCUAUGGUGAUUGGGAGAAAUUAGUGGGCCCAUUCCUUGCGGGGUCUCCUGGAAGUAGAAUUAUCAUGACAACUCGGAAGGAGCAAUUGCUCAGAAAGCUGGGCUUUUCUCAUCAAGACCCUCUCGAGAGUCUAUCACAAGAUGAUGCUUUGUCUUUGUUUGCUCAACAUGCAUUGGGUGUAGAUAACUUUGAUUCACAUCCAACACUAAGGCCACAUGGAGAACUGUUUGUGAAGAAAUGUGAUGGCUUACCUUUAGGCUUAAGAACACUUGGGAGGUUAUUAAGGACAAAAACAGACGAGGAACAAUGGAAGGAGCUGUUGGAUAGUGAGAUAUGGAGGUUAGGAAAGAGCGAUGAGAUUGUUCCGGCUCUUAGACUAAGCUACAAUGAUCUUUCUGCCACUUUGAAGCUAUUGUUUGCAUAUUGCUCCUUGUUUCCCAAGGACUAUGAGUUUGACAAGGAGGAGUUGAUUCUAUUGUGGAUGGCAGAAGGGUUUUUGCACCAACCAACUACAAACAAGUCAAAGCAACGGUUGGGUCUUGAAUAUUUUGAAGAGUUGUUGUCAAGAUCGUUUUUUCAACAUGCUCCUAAUAACAAAUCCUUGUUUGUGAUGCAUGACCUAAUGAAUGAUUUGGCUACAUUUGUUGCUGGAGAUUUUUUUUCAAGGUUAGACAUAGAGAUGAAGAAGGAAUUUAGGAUGGAAGCUUUGGAGAAGCACCGCCAUAUGUCAUUUGUUUGUGAGCAUUAUGUGGUGUACAAAAGGUUCGAGCCAUUUAGAGGAGCUAAAAAUUUGAGAACAUUUUUAGCAUUGUCUGCUGGGGUGGUAGAAAGUUGGGCUAUAUUUUACUUAUCAAAUAAGGUCCUGAAUGACUUACUUCAGGAGUUACCAUUGUUAAGGGUCCUAAGUUUGAGUGAUCUUAGCAUAACCGAGGUACCAGAAGUUGUUGGGAGUAUGAAGCACUUGCGGUAUCUUAAUCUAUCUCGAACUAAAAUCACACAUUUACCGGAAAACGUCUGCAAUCUAUAUAAUUUACAGACGUUGAUUGUUUCUGGCUGUAAAAUGUUAACUGAGUUGCCCAAGAGCUUCUCAAAGCUUAAAAAUUUGCAGCAUUUUGACAUGAGGGGUAGUUGGAGGUUAAAGAAGAUGCCCUUAGGGAUUGGUGAGUUGAAAAGUGUACAAACUCUCUCCAGUGACAUUGUCAUAGCAAUAACCGAGCUUAAGAACUUGCAAAAUCUCCAUGGGAAAGUUUGUAUUGGCGGGCUGGGAAAAGUGGAAAAUGCAGUGGAUGCACGUGAGGCGAAGUUGUCUCAAAAAAGGUUUAGUGAGUUAGAGUUGGAUUGGGGUGAUGAGUUUAAUGUUUUCCAAAUGGGAACACGUGAAAAAGAGGUCCUCAAUGAGUUGAUGCCUUAUAAUGGUACUCUAGAGAAACUCAGAAUGAUGUCAUAUCGGGGUACAGAGUUUCCAAAUUGGGUUGGGGAUCCCUCGUUUCUUCGGUUGACUAAAGUGUCGAUAUAUAGAUGUGAAGAAUGUACAUCUCUACCAAGACUUGGGCAACUACCAUCACUGAAGGAGCUGUUUAUUGGUAAGAUGAGUAAGGUGAAGGUUGUAGGUUUGGAGUUUCUUGGGACCGACCUUGCAUUUCCUUCACUUGAAAUCCUACGGUUUGUUAGUAUGUCAGGGUGGGAGGAAUGGUCAACAAAUAGUAGGGCGUUUCCUUGCCUUCAAGAGCUUUGUAUUGAAGAUUGUCCUAAUCUGGUCCGGGUCUCCCUUGAAGCACUACCUUCACUAAGGGUUCUGAAACUAAGAAAAUGUGGUCAUGGUGUAUUGAAAAGCCUGGUUGAUAUAGCUUUGUCAAUCACCAAGUUGGAAAUAGAUGAUAUUUCAGGGCUUACUGACGAGGUGUGGAGAGGUAUGAUUGGGUGUCUAGGGGCAGUUGAAGAAAUAAAAAUCAGCGAAUGUAAUGAAAUAAGAUACUUGUGGGAAUCAGAAGCAGAGGCAAGUAAGGUUCUUAUGAAUUUAAAGAAGUUGGAUUUAUGUGAAUGUGAAAAUUUGAUGAGUUUAGGGGAGAAAGAAGAGGAUAAUAGUGGGAGCAGCCUAACAUCUUUUAGGAUCUUGAAAGUAUCGGAUUGUAACAGCUUGGAGCAUUGCAGUUGUGCAGAUAACAUGGAGGAAUUGAAUAUUGAAAAUUGUGAUUCAAUUGCAUCCGUCUCCUUCCCAACAGGAGGAGGGCAGAAGCUCAAGGAACUUGUCAUCACUGGUUGCAAGAAACUACUGGAAAAGGAAAUUGGAGGACGGGAGAAGACUGGGGCGCUUAUCAACUCAAGCAUGCAGAUGCUUGAGAAUGUAUUUAUAGCUAAUUGGCCAAAUCUGAAAUCCAUCAGUGAAUUGAGUUGCUUCAUUCACCUCAACGGUUUAUAUAUAUCAGACUGUCAGAGUAUGGAGUCAUUUCCUGACCAUGAGUUGCCGAAUCUCACCUCAUUAACACAUCUGACAAUUCAAAUGUGUACAAGUAUGGAUGCAUCCUUUCCUCGUGGGCUUUGGCCUCCCAAAUUGUUUUACCUUAGAAUAGGAGGGUUGAAGAAGCCCAUCUCAGAGUGGGGCCCACAGAAUUUCCCAACCUCACUUGUUAACCUAAUAUUACAUGGCGGGCCAUAUGAUGACGUGAAAAAGUUUGAUAAAUUGUCACAUCUUUUUCCUUCAUCUCUUACUCUUCUUCGCAUAGAUGGAUUUGAGAAACUGGAAUCGGUUUCAAUGGGACUCCAACACCUCACCUCCCUCCAAGAACUCUUCAUUUGGAUCUGCCCAAAGAUGAAAGAUCUUCCAGAAAAGUUGUUGCCUUCGCUUCUGCUUCAAUGUGUAGAUGAUCACUAAAGUAAAGGAAGCGCAUUGGCACCAUGGCCCGCUAGGCUGACUUCUCCACCUCCUCGUCUUUCCGACUUUGGC